UUUGUAUGCAGUUAUUAAUGUAACCGUUAUUGGUGAACUUUAUAAUAGUUCAACAUCACUACCACGGUCUUGCUGGCCUUAAUAGUUCUUGAAAUUAAUUGCCUGUCUUUGGCUUUUCACCAGCUUUCCCAUCCUGGUACCGAGUAACAGUUAAUUGAAGGUCUUGGCCCAGCUGCACAAUGUUUUGCUAACGGUUGGAACUUCAAUAAACUUUCAGCCACAACACCUGAUAAGAAUGAAGAGUUACAUCACCUGCUUUAGUUAAUUGGCACUAAGUUGUGAUUGGUUUAUUAAGAUCACCUGAUGUACAAUUUCCCUAUAUCUGCCUUUCCAUAUUGUAAAAGAGGCACCCCCUUUUCCCGCUCUCCCCCUCCCUUUUUUCCUCCCAAUAUGCAAUGCUACCUCACGCUGACUAGAAGCUGUCUAUUGAGUUAUGAGAGCUGAUUCAUUUUUCCUUUCACCUGCUAAGCAAUGGAGAAGUUUUACAUUUUGAUUUUAGUAGGUUCAGUGAUUUUGUCUCUGCUUGCUUUUAUUCAAUUGAUUGUAUGCAUAGUAUGCCAUCUGACUAUCGUUUGUUGAAUGAUGCUAAGUUCAAUAAACUUUAAGAACUUGUUUUAAAGAAACAGUCUCCUUUUUCUGAGCUGUGUGAAUGUUCAAAAUCCUAACCCACGUUUGAGGAGAGUAGGUCACUCUUCCUCUACAUGGUUGGCAGCGGGUGGAUUUUGAAACACGCUCAGUAUUUUGAUUUUUUUUUGAUUGGCAAGCAGAGACCUGAUAGACAGCUCUAGCAUGGAAGAUCAAGGUUUUGCUUCGGAUGAACCAGUGAUUGGACCUCGCCUCGGACGGGUAGCUGAGUUACAGGUCACACUGGAGAAUUCCAGGAGAAGCGUGGAUAUUACAUCAGCCGAGCCUGGAGUAAGCAGCAGAAUGGCAGCCCAGAGGUCUGGAGCCGAAGAACAGCUGUUGGAUGGCGCAGGGCUGGAUGAGGACGACCCAGGGAUGCCAGUGAUGCGUUCCAGAGAGUUAUCCGGAGCCAGUGCAACCAGACGAGACAGUUUGGAGACAGAUGACUCCUCAGUACCGACCAGCACAGAAGGGUGGAUGAAAAUGAUGCAAGCAUUUAUGCGUGCUCAAGAAACCACCAUGCAGUUGCUAAUACAAGAUCGACGCAGAGAUCCAUCUGCGGCCUGGCAGAAAAGGCAAUUCCCGCGCUACCAGCAGGGUGAGUCUGUGGAGAGUUUUUUAGCCCUGUUUGAAGCUGCCCUAAGAGAGAAUAGAGUUCCUGAGAAGGACUAUGUGCAGGCCCUAUGGCCGUGCAUAUCUGGAGAUUUGGCCCAAUUGCUGGGGGAACUCACUCUUGGGGAGGAAGCGAGUUUUGAAAAUUUUAAGAGGCAAGCACUAGCCAGAUUUGGGAAGACAGAGGGUCAGCUGAGAGAAGAAUUGAGGAAAGCCUUCCCAAAGAAUAAAGAGACUUAUGUCGCCUUUAUGGCUAGGCUGAAGCUUACAGUUCAGCAAUGGUUCAGAUCUGCGAAUGUAGAGACUGUGGAGGAAGCUGGCCAUUUGAUUGCUCGAGAUCAAUUCUUCCAAAUCCUCCCUGGAGAUAUCUCGGCUAUGGUCCAAGCAAGAGAAACCUUUGAUUUAUCUGAAUUAGCUGCCUUUGCCGAUCAGAUGGCUACCAUCAAGAAUAAGGAGAAAAAAGCUCUGAAUUUUUUCACCGGGAAAAAGGAGCAGUUUGGAAUUAACCCCAGAGAUGUGAGUUCAGCUGGCAAGGAGGGAGUUAAGGCUCCGUUCCAGAGAAAAGAAACUCCAGCAAAGCCUAGCAAGCCGGUCGAAGCCUCUACGCCCAAGAGCGUUACAUGUUUUUCCUGCGGGAAAAGAGGCCACUAUAAAAACCAGUGUAUGGAGUCGAAAAAAGAAGCAAAGGUCCAAGUAGUUGGAGGCGACCGAGUCCUCAUGCACACUGAAGAUUGGGAAGGAAGCAGCGGAUCACCCAGUAGCUCCGUGCAUUCCAGUGAGGAGGAAGAGCCGGUUACUACUAUGAUCAAGCAUUCCAAAAAGCCGUGGCCUGACCCUGAACUGUUGGCUCGGAGACGUGCCGGCAACGAGAGAGAAACUCGGCCUACUGACUCAAACCCGAUGCUUUCCCAUCCUGGUACCGAAAGUAACAGUUAAUUGGAAUGUCUUUGGCCCAGCUGCA